GUCGUGUGGUGAAAGCGGGAACUAUGCGGUUCAAAUGUCAGCAGAAGCAGUCAACGACAACAACACUAACGAACUUUUGCUAUGUUUUAGGACACUAAUUUAUUUUAGUUUCUUUUCAGUUAUUUUAUUUUCUUGAUGUCGUAGAAACCAUAAAGAUGGCUGACAUAGCACUCUUACGGAAAUUAGACAGUGGUGAUAUUUUAAAUGUUGUAUCUGAAGUGAAGGCCGCAUUAACUGGCAAAGGACAAUCUGAGUUAGCCCACAGAAUUUUGCUGCGUGUUAGCAAUUUGUGUAUUGAUACUUCGGGAGCUAAGAAGCCCGUCCUAACUGAUGAUUAUGAAGCACUUGAACUGGCUUUACUAUGUUGUAAAGCUAUCAGUGCUGAUGCAAGAAAUGACGAAGAACUUCCAAAAAAGUCUCGCACGAUAAUUGCAUUUUUCAAUAUUUAUUCUCGGUUUUAUGCAAAUAAAAACAUUGAGUGCGCCAUGAAAUUUUUAGAUGAAGUUCAUCCUAUUCUGAAGAAAAUGUCUCCUUCAAUGCUUGAAUCAGAUCUUAAAUUCAUUUACAACUUUGUCACAAAAACUUAUAAUUUAAUUCUUACUGCCGCUGAUAGUGUUUUCAAAGAAGACCCUAAAGCUCCGAUAUCUCCACUUGAUCUGUGGGAUCGUAUGCUACUUAUUAGCUCCUUAUUAAACCCUGACAAAUCAUUUGCUCAUGUUGUCUCCGUUUUAAAGAUUAUGAGUAUGAAAUACGAAAAGUGUCAUGGGCUCAAGGAGGUAGAGAAAUGUCAAAGUUUCAACAAUGUAUUGCUGGAUAAAUUGGUUUCAUAUACUAUUAUGUGUCCCAAGUUGGAGAGUAGAGAAUCCAUUGAUCAAGUUUUUAGUACACUUGUUCUGAUUUUACAACAAUGCCUUCGAGUGAACAUUAAAGCUGGAUCAUUUAACAUGGAGUCAAAUACACUAUCUUGUUGGUUGAAGCUGUCAUCCAUAUUCAGUGCUAAGUCAGGUCAUGUAGAAUGCUUUGAGCUCAUAGCAAGAAUUUUAAGACUUUUUCGUUCCCAACUUGGCACUCCUACAAAUGAGGCACUGUUUACAAAUGAAAUUCAGUCCCUCUGUAAAAUUUUUGAAGAGAAGAAACAUAAUAUUUUGCCAGCUUUCUCCUGGGUUCUCUUUAUUUGUGGUUGUAUUGUCUGUGACAAAUCAGUUUUAAAAUAUGCUGCUAUGGAAUCAUUUUGCACAUUGUCUUCGCUAUCAGCCUUGAAUAAUUUUACUAAACUAUUAUCUGAGCUCCUUUUGUCUUGCAGUAAUGCAAUAUGUACGGGUGAUCAGGGAGAAGUUUGUGCGCUGAAAAGUGAUGUGUGUCUCGCAUUUAAGUCACGAAUGGCAUUUACUGUACUUUGUUUGGAUUUCCUGAAAGAGAAGAAGGAGAAAUGGACUGAACUAAUGCCUUUGAUCGGGGACAGUUUUGAAUGUUUAGAAUCUAUUCUGAAACAGGCUAUUAAUGGAAAAUGUGUUAAAAGUGCUUCACUGGAAGGAUCUCUGUAUGAUAGUUAUUGUUCUUUAGGAAGCGCUUGUUAUAGUGCUGAGGACUGGGAACAUGGACGAUUGUAUUUGUUGAAAUCCCUUAGUUUUUACUACACAGAGAAAAGUCUCAGUAGUGCAGAACUUAUGAAAUUGGAUGCUGUCUUAUCAAGGCUAUCAAUUUGUUCUGAUAAGCAAGGUCAUAGGAAGGAAGCCAAAGCUGCUGUUUUGCUCAACACUUUGCUGCAUUUGAAUAGCAGAACACCUCAACGUCUCUUUUACCUAGAACAGUGGUCUGGACUACAAAAUGGAGAUCCUACAGAUGCAAAAACAGCUGAUCAAAUUCUGAAGAGGCAUCCAAUUCUCCUGAAAACAAUGUGUCCAGCAUUUGUUUUGAAUUUAAAGCUAAUCCCUGAACUCUUGGUGUGGGAACUGUCAUGCUAUGUGAAACAUAAAAUGGUCAACUCUAGUAUCGUAUUAAAUGCAUGGCAUGCUCUGAAAGCAUCUAAUCCCUCCCCCCUCCAUUUGAUUGAAGGGUCAGCAUUGGCUGGACAGGCGCUAUUUUCUUGUAGUGAUACAGUCGCAUGGCAUGAUGUUAUUUCAGCUUCCCUUUCCUCUUGGCUGUGUGAAAUCAAAGAUGAAUCUAAAAGAGCUAUAGCAUUGUGUGCUAUGGCUGUUCACUAUCAUGUGAAGUUUCUUAUUAUGGCUCAGCUGCAUUUUGAUGAAAAUGAGUCAAGUGUAGAGGAACGAACUAUCUACUCCCGUAACCCUGCAACUGUAAGAAAACCUGACGAUGUUAUAGAUCCAAAAGAUGUGUGUCAGAUCCGUAGCUCUUUCUCGAACCUUACCUUACACAGAGAGCAGGAGUUGAUUGACCUCCUUGAGACGGCUGUGAACUAUUGGAAUGAUUCUAUGGAGGCGGGUCUGAGUGUUGAAGAUCAUAAUACUCAUCAAGUUGUGUGGUUAAGUGGAGACUACCUAUUGCAAGCUGCUUAUCUAUCCUCUCUGUGGGGUCAUAAUGCUGCCGCAGCCAAAGCAUUUCAAGUCUGUCGCUUGUUUGCUCAGAAAAUGCAUCUUGAUGAUCUCCUGCUGCAAGCUUUAUCAGGUCUAAUGAGUACAAUUGAAGUAAAACCUGAGAGUAUUGCUGAAUCAGACAAAGUUUUGAAACGUUUGAAGAGUCACCCAAAGUAUCAAUAUCUGUCAUUGGUCUAUAGCACGAGCCGUGCUUUUCAGGCCCUUAGAACUAAGUCCUACCAAGAGGGUGUGAAGGCAUUGAAGGAUGUAAUGGAUUUAAAACCAUCAUCCUCUUCCGUUUGGUGUCAUACUUAUUCUAUGCUUGUACAAGCUGCUUAUUCUCUCGUUCCUAAAACAGAACUUGAUAGUGGUUGCCGAUCAGCCCGCCAGGGGCUGAGCCUUUCCAUCCACUAUGUUCAAGGUAAAAGACUGUCCCAAUCACCUUUAGUAUUUGCAGCUCUCAUUCAUCAAGCGCUCUCAUCUGCAUUAUGGAUUGGAAGAUAUUAUCGGCAACACCAAAUGCCAAGAGAAGCUAGAUGCUUCCUUAAACCAGAAUUAAUGCUUGCUCUGAAGUUAGGACUCGCUACAAGGGCUGCCGAAUUCAUAAGUGAGCUUGCUUUUGUAGACUUGGUGACUGAAAGUGUGGAUGAAGCCAGAUCAAAGAUCGGUGACCUGGAAGGAAUAAUAGGGAAUAGCCUUCAGAGCAGUACUACGAAAGUCAAUUCGGAUGAUGAUCCUGAUGAUAUGAUUGAUACUAAAGAUCUAAUUGCCCCAAAAGAUACCCGAUAUGUUUUGGGAGCUAGUCCAUCCCUUCAGAUGAAAACGAGUCCCAUGACUCACCAUAAAAUGUCUUGCAAGUGUUAUUCUUGUAAAAACAGCUCUGUACAAAAUGUGUUACUCAUGUACAUUCACCUGCAAGCAAAGACCUAUAUGUUUAACUUGGAAGCCCAUAAUUCAAUGCAAUUCUACAGAACAGCAUUCAUAGCAGCUAAAAAUGCUCUUAAAAGAGCCUCACAGAACCCACUAUUAGAAGGUUCUCUACUGCAUCAACAUGACAUAGCUUGCUCUGAAGUUCUACUAUGGCUUGAUUUUGUAGAUUUGCUUGUCAUGUACGAAAAAGAUCAUGAUGCAAAGGUAAAAAAUCAAAGGGUUCUGGACCUGGUUCAACAUUUAAAAACUGAUGAUAAGCAGCUGUUAUCUACUGUACUUGAGCAAAAGUUGUGUAUAUGCAAGAUCUUGAAAGAGAAAGAGAAGAAAACAACAGAUUCAGGUUCUCUCAACUCAUCUGGCAUUAUUUUGAAUCAAUCCACCUCACCAAGAAUAAUUGUUGAUACAACUCCCAGUAAUACAUACAUUUCUUCAUCAAAUUUGCAAGAGAAGAAAAGAAAGCCAUUAAAAGUUGUUUUAACUCCAAAUACAGGUAUAUCACCUGUGUCGAAUCAUCAGUUUUUCACCCCUAAAGCACCUUUUGGUAACAGGGCUCUAUUCAAUGAUAGUGAUGAUGAUCUUUUCAAUGAUGAUGAAACAGUCGCAUGUCUACCCUCUAAAGAAAAUGCAUCUGUUCCUUCCAAGAAAAAUGUAUUGGUACCAAAAAAGAAAACUACUGCCAAAAUCACAACCAGUCAAACUAAGGAAGUAAAUGCUGUCAGUAAAGCAGCAAGAUCUUUGGAGGUACCCAAAGUCAAAGCAGAUGGCAUAGCUGAGAAGAAUGUUUCUGCAUUGUCAAAGACCAAAUUGUCUUCAUCCAGCAAUACUGAAGGUUUAACAGCACGUUCAAAGCGGGCUGUACCAGGAGCAAGCUUAAGUACUGUAGAAAAUUCUAAAGCUAGAAGCUCCAAAACAACAAAAACUGAUUCGUCCGUUGGAACCAGUCAAACCACCACCCGUGUGACACGCCAGAAAAAAAAAUGAUUGAAGUGGAAGUGUAAGGGCACCACCUCUUGUAUAAUUGGUUGUGAUUUGUGCAAAAUGUGAUCUUAGAAAUUAAGAAGUUUACAAUUUCUUUACUUGAAUGGGUAAAGGAUAACACAAAACUUUGUAUAAUUAUAAAAUGUUAUUUCGUCUGAGUUUUUAAGUACAUUUUUUAAAUACAUUUUGAAUUUAAUGAA